AUGAAGUUCCAAGGUCGCUCGAAAAUCCUCUCCGAGGAAUAUGUAGGAAGAACAGGAGCAAGCAUAAGAAAAACUGGCUCAAAUGAAGAGAAUUGGAAACCAAAGAGACUUGUGCAAGGGUCCGGAGUUCGACUUUCAGCUUGUGGUUUGGAAUUCAUCCUCCUGAUUACUACCAGGAACCUUCUUUUCGAGAUAGCCUUGGACGAGCUGAUGAACCGGGAAACCCAUUUAGGUCAGGAGGAUAUGGUGGAAUACCCAAUCUAA